CGGGACGCAGCGGCUCCUUCCCUGCCCUGCCCGGAGAAUGUGUGUGUGUCCCGGGCCCAGACGGAUUGGAAUCCCAGUCAGAAGUUCCAGCCUGCCGCUCUUCUCUGAUGCCAUGCCAGCACCAACUCAACUGUUUUUCCCUCUGAUCCGUAACUGUGAACUGAGCAGAAUCUAUGGCACUGCGUGUUACUGCCACCACAAACAUCUCUGCUGCUCACCCCCUUACAUUCCCCAGAGUCGUUUGAGAUAUACACCCCAUCCGGCAUAUGCUACCUUCUGCAGGCCGAAGGAGAACUGGUGGCAGUACACGCAAGGAAGGCGAUAUGCUUCCACACCACAGAAAUUUUACCUCACACCUCCACAAGUCAACAGCAUCCUGAAAGCUAAUGAGUACAGUUUCAAAGUGCCAGAAUUUGAUGGCAAAAAUGUCAGUUCUGUUCUUGGAUUUGACAGCAAUCAACUACCUGCAAAUGCACCCAUCGAGGACCGGAGAAGUGCGGCAACCUGCUUGCAGACCAGAGGGAUGCUUUUGGGAGUUUUUGAUGGCCAUGCAGGCUGUGCUUGUUCCCAGGCAGUCAGUGAAAGACUCUUUUAUUAUAUUGCUGUCUCUUUGUUGCCCCAUGAAACUUUGCUAGAGAUUGAAAAUGCUGUGGAGAGUGGCCGGGCACUACUGCCCAUUCUCCAGUGGCACAAGCACCCCAACGAUUACUUCAGUAAGGAGGCAUCCAAGCUGUACUUCAACAGCUUGAGGACUUACUGGCAAGAGCUUAUAGACCUCAACACUGGGGAGUCAACUGAUAUUGAUGUUAAAGAGGCUUUGAUUAAUGCUUUCAAGAGGCUAGAUAAUGACAUCUCCUUGGAGGCGCAAGUCGGUGAUCCCAAUUCUUUCCUCAACUAUCUGGUGCUUCGAGUGGCAUUUUCUGGGGCCACCGCUUGUGUGGCCCAUGUGGAUGGUGUUGACCUUCAUGUAGCCAAUACUGGUGAUAGCAGAGCCAUGCUUGGUGUUCAGGAAGAGGAUGGUUCUUGGUCAGCACUUACUCUCUCUAAUGACCACAAUGCUCAGAAUGAAAGAGAACUUGAACGGCUGAAAUUGGAACACCCAAAGAAUGAGGCCAAGAGUGUGGUGAAACAGGAUCGACUUCUUGGCUUGCUGAUGCCUUUUAGGGCUUUUGGAGACGUUAAAUUCAAAUGGAGCAUUGACCUGCAAAAGAGGGUGAUAGAAUCUGGUCCAGACCAGUUAAAUGACAAUGAAUACACCAAGUUUAUUCCUCCUAAUUAUUAUACACCUCCUUAUCUCACAGCUGAGCCAGAGAAGGAGUUCAACAUCAAGGCCAAAGUUAGGCAAAAAAAGCAAGAAGUUUAUUGGCACACUGAGCAGAGAGAAGUCCGGAAUGGGUUGCUGCUGAGAAGGCAAGAAGAUGACUUUCUCUGGUUCUUUUUGACUUACAAGGAGUAUUGCUUAAGAAAGAAGAUUGUAUACCCUCAAGGAGAGAGAAGGAACAGCAGCAGUAGCAGUCAUAAAGCAUCUGGUCUGUGUAAUUAAGAGGAGCUGAGAAACUAUAACUAGGCAAACAUGCAGGGAGUAGAUGGCAAAUCUUUCACAUGACAGAAACGUCGCCCCAGACCAUGUUCCUUCAUGGAUAAAAAUCUUAUUCAUUGAAUCAUGUGAAAUUGUCAAUACAAUGAAUUGCUCCCUAUCCCGAAGACAGUCUAAUAUAGCUCCCUCUGGCGGUUGAUCUGCUUGAAAACCCACCUGCACAGGAGGCUGCUUAGCCCUCCAGCCCCAUUCCUCACUCCGGAUGCAUGCAUAAAAAUUCAUGCUUGUUGGCUAAAGACUCUCCUUGCAGAUAUAUACGAACAUAACUUAAGUUCCAGUUCAACAAGUAAAUGGCAUUUGAACUCAUAAGAAGAAUGCCAGAGGAAAAACUCAAAGCAACAAAAGCAGUAACUUCUAAUAACCACAAACCCCCAACAAGGAUGCACCACACCAUCCUCUACAGACGACAGGCUAGUGAUGUGAAUACGCAAUUGAGUGCCCUUUGGACAAGCCCUACUCCCAGAUGACACAGUGGAACACACAUAUGUGGGGCAGACUGAUUGUGUAUUAUGGGAUGUAAUUGGUAUUAUCAUUAUGAGAAAGGCCGUUGUAGUCCCCAAGAUGUGGACAGUUUCAUAUGUAAGAACAUAGGUCAGCCUUCACAGGGAAGGAUUUCUAAAUAAUUCUGUUUAAAAUAAUCCUUGGAUGUGUUUUGCCAAAUAGUAAAACAACAAAACAUAAAACAAAUACCACCACAGGUUGGACCAUAAUCUAUUGAUAUGAUGGCAAAUGGGUCUCUGUAAAAGCAUAACCCAAAAUGCGCCACCCCUGUUACUGAGUGAAAUACUGGUAAGGCAAGAGCCUCUGGAGUCAGUGUCUAGAUUCAAGUCCAGCAUGUAACCUUGCAAGUUGCUCAAUCUCUCCAUCCUUGGUUUAUUCAAUUAUGGGAUAUAGAGAAAAAAGGAACCCUCUUACACUGCUGGUGGAACUGUAAACUGCUCCAGCCACUAUGGAAACUGUAUGGAGUUUCCUCAACACACAUAUUUUCCAUGUGACCUACCUAUUGCACUCCUAGGAAUCUACCCAAAGAACUUAAAUCACUAAUAUAAAAGAAAACCUGCAACCCUAUGUUUAUCACAGCACUAUUUACAGUAGCCAAGAUAUGGAAGCAACUUAAAUUCCCCAAAACAGAAGACUGAAUCAAGAAGAUGUGGUACAUAUACAUAACAGAAUACUACUCAGCAAUCAAAAAAAGAUAAACUCAUGCCAUUUGCAGCAACAUGGAUGGAGCUGGAAGCAUUGAUGCUAAGUGAAAUAAAUCAGGAGGAAAAGGGUAAAUAUUAGAUGGUUUCAUUUAUAUGUGGAAUAUAGAAAAACCACAAAAAGGGACAGACAAAGACAAACCUUGAAAGCUGACCAUAGAUAUGAGACAUCUAGGAGAAGGGGUAGAGAGGGGUAAAAACAGAAGGGUGAAAACACCACAGGAGAUUAUGUUGCUGGGAAAAAAAAAAACUAAAGAUCUGCUUCUUACCACAAAUCACCAUGUCACAUUUUCUGAACAUCAGUUUUCUUGUCUGUAAAGCUCAGGUGGCAGUAUACCACUUAAGAGUCCUUAAGUUGCAAUAAUAGAAACCCAACUUGAACUUGUUUAAUCCGAAAAAGAAACUCUAUAAGCAAAUGAAACCUAAUCAUGGAAAAACUAGCCUCAGAACCAGCUGGAUUCAGGGACUAGAUCACCAUCAGGGCUCUCUGUCAAGAGGUAAUCUUUGCCUACCUCUGAAAAUUGAUUUUAUUCUUUUCCAAAUAUGUGCUGCAUUCGGUAACAGGGAAUAUGUACUUGACUAUGAUCUUUGCAGACAGGUUUGUUAUUUCCAUUCAAUGUUAGGAUGUGACUGAUGGCACACAGGAACCUCACAUUAUAAAGGGGUACAACCUUCUAAAAGGGGUCUGGCCAUCCACUGCACAAAAGCAUACUCUUAGUAUGAAAGAGCUUUAAUAGAUUUAGUGUGUAUAAAGAGAGAAGAAAAUAAAGGAUAUUUCUAGUAAAACACCACAAGUUACCUAUACUCUAAUGGGCGAAUGCCAGCCAAACAGGCUCAGCCUGAAGUGGAACCACUGAGACCCAAAAACUUGCCACUAAUCUAAGGUACUUUUUGAUGGUGAAUCACAAGAAAGGGGUUAGGCAGGUUUCAGAGAGCUGAGGCAGAAGGAGAGAAUCAAAAU